AUGCCUUUUCCCAGCUUUGUUUCUGGGUGCCAUUUGCCACCAAUACUUCACAGCCGUCCUGCCUCCAGGAAUUGACCAGCCUCUAAAAGUUCGCUUCUAUCACACUUUCUUCAUGGCUGUCUUUGCUUUGGGCCUCGUUUUGGAGACUUUGGGACUGUACAGCAUAGUAGGUGUUUUACGAAUCGCAACUCAGGGACUCCCUUCAUUAUGGGAUUCAUCACUUCUCAUUCAGAACCAGCAUUUUGAUGGUGUGAGAGUGAGGGUCUAUCAGCCUAAAAGGCCAGCUGCCCGAAAAAGGAAAGGGUUCGUGUACCUCCAUGGAGGGGCUGGUACUUACGGAAGCAUUGAUGCCUAUGAGAGAGUAUUGCGACAUUUUGCCAAAGAAACUGAUUCAGUGGUUGUGGCUGUUGGGUACCAGUUGGGUCCAGAGAACCCAUACCCAAAUCAAUAUACUGAAUGUCUCAAGGCAACUGUCCAUUUCAUGAAGAAUGCUGAAGAUUUUGGUGCGGAUCCUAGUCGCAUUAUCAUUAGCGGGGACAGCUGUGGUGCAAACUUUGCAACGCGCAUUUGUCAAUGGCUGGUGGACAGGACAGAUCUCCCCAAAAUGCACGCGCAGGUUUUGAUCUACCCAGCUUUGCAGGGGAUGGACUUCUAUUUGCCUUCCUAUCAACAAAACAGAAGGGUGCCAAUCAUGUGGAGAGAAUUUGUGAUCUAUUUCUGCUGCCUUUAUCUUAAGAAGGACAAAUCCAUUAUCAAUGAUGUCUUGGAGAGUUGCCACGUUCCUGAAGAUCUGAAACUAAAAUAUAGUAAGUGGGUAAAUGCAGAUCUUGUUCCCAAAGAAUUCAAGGUCAGAGGCUACAAACCCCAGGAUCCUGCCUUAUAUAAGUUUAAGCCGCAGGUGUACGAACAGAUCAAAGAAAUUUUGAGUGAAACGUUUUCGCCUCUCUUUGCUGAAGAUGCUGUCAUCUGCAAACUCCCCCAGACAUACAUUUCAAUCUGUGAGUUUGAUGUGGUUAGAGACGACGGACUCUUGUACAAGAAACGGCUAGAGGACAAUGGUGUACCGGUAACAUUGUCCCAUGCCAAAGGAGGUAUCCAUGGAGUCAUCAGCCUUUUUGGCUACGGAAUCUUCUCCCUUCCAUCUGCAGAGGUCAUUGUAACUGACGUUACAAAAUUUGUCAAGAGCUUAUGAAAUGCAUUGGAUGGACAAGCCGAAAAUGGAAAGAUCAACAGGUCACCAUAUUCUGCUUUCUGGAAUGGUGAGGCUGUGUUCAACUGCAAAAACCUCUGAAGAGGAAAUGGUGACUGGUGCCCACCUAUGAUAUGGUGAAGAACAAAGAGAUGGUCAACCAGCCCCUUUUUAUUUUCACAACAGCCUUUUUAGGUAGGUUAGGCUGAGAGAGAGUGACUGAGCCAAGGUCACUCAGUGACCCAACUUCAUAGCUGAGGUGGGAUUGGAAUUUGAAUCGCUCGUCCAACACCUUCUGCUAUCCCCCUUCUUGCUGUGUUACCUAACCACUUUAUACUACAAUGAUCAUAGCCAUCCUCAAAUGGUAACUAGCUACACACACACAUAAAGCUACACACAAAGUCUUUGCUUUUAUUGUAAAGACAACCACUCUGCAAAAAUCGGUCAAAAAAGAAUGAGAUUUGGCCAAGGAUACAACUAUGAAAGCCAAGAUCAGAAGCCUUAUGGGGUGUCUGUUGCUAGACUGUACCACUGGGCGUGAAAUGUUUGAAAGCUCCCUGCAGGUAGAAAACUAGCAUUUCAUUGGAAAGUUAACACAGAAUUUUCUCUCCAACAUGCUAGUGUUGCUUCUUUCGAACGUGUAAAGCCUUCAGAUGUCUGUCUCCCUGCUUGUAGUCUUGCAGCGGUUCUACCCAGAAAUCUUCAUGUGGGGCUGCAGGUCAUAAGCUUACCAGCUAACAGAUACGGCCUUGAAUACCUGAUCAAUUCCGUCUUCAUUGGAGCACAUGCCAUUUGCAUAGAUACCAUCCCAAAUAUACUACCUCUUAAAUCUCUUAAAAAUGUAUUCUAGCAAACCUAGAGGUAACCAUAUUUGCAUUUUUAAUUUUGAUGUAAGGAUUUUAACAUCCAUAUCAUCACCAGGACUGCUUGCAAAACCUUAUAAGAACAUGAAUGUAUUUUUUGGUGUACUAGAGCCAGGGACGGAGGCAGAAGGAAAUACCAUUGGACGCCGAAAGGAAUCCAGGGACCAGAGGCAAAAAAGAUAUAUAGUAACUCUUAGCAAAGAUUAGAUUUCAGAGAGUAAGAGGAAUACAUAAUACAGAAAUGGCGCAGAACUUAGGUCAAGCCAUUUCUUUACUCCAGAGACAAGUUUCUUAGACGGAGAAGCAAACUCUGAGCCCCGUCUGCCAGGCUUCUAGUGGUUACAGAUCAUUGGUGAUAUAAGACAUCAAAAAGCAUUCAUGCAUGGAUCUUUGGUCAGAAACUUCUUUGGUUGCCCUACAGGCUAUGGGACUAUUUCCCCCCAAAAUUUUUAAGACAUGUAAGAGAUAGAGUUUAAGGUCGGUAGUGAAGAUACCUGUGGAACCCCUGUCUCUUAACCUUUCCCCUUCCCCUAUUUAUUUAAUUUAUAUGUACAUUAAACUAUUUAUAUCCCACCUUUUGACAAAGCUUAGAGGCAGCUCACAUUGAGUUCUUGGUAUAUUUUAUAUGUUUUUAAUUUUUGACAUUGUAGGCUGCCAUGAGCUGCAAAGGGAAGGCAGAGUAUCAAUAUAUAAAUAAGCAAAAACAUUGCGAUACCCGCACCUACUGUCAUAGAAGCUUUAGGUAGCCAUGUUGGUCUGCAUUAGAACAGCAGGCAUUGAGUCCAGUGGCACCAGAGAGACCGACAUGUUUUUCAGAGUGUAAACUUUCAAAAGUUAGAGCUCCACAGAGGCUCUGAGUAUCGUAUGGCAUGAGAUUCAUUCUGAAGAAGGGAGCCCUGAGUCUUGAAAGCUUAUGCUCUGAAAAUCUUCUUGGACUCAAAGCCUGCUGUUCUAGUGUCUUAAAGGUUCCAGAGAGGAGACAAUUUGUUCCCCUAUCACCACCUGUUAUGUGGAACUCUUGUUGCUAAUUUACUUGCUGAGAUGGGUCUCUCCAGUUCUCAUAGAGCUAAGGAACAAGAGACGAAUUACACGAGGAUACACACAUAAAGGGAGUCGCAAUGUUAGCCGGGAAGCUGAGUUUUAA